GAAGAAGAGAGAUCUUAACGUCAAACAUCACACAUACUGAACCAACCAAACAGCAAAUUAUAAACAAGAUGAAAACAAUGUUUGCUGUGCCAUUUAAGAAAGCGUCUACGGAUUACGACUUAUCAUUAUACUGCUGAACUUUUCUCAAGCGUCUGGAGGACCGAAAUAUAUCACUUUUAGCAACGUUAAAGUGCAUGAACAGUCAUAGACAUGUCAAAAUCAGAAAAGAGCAGAGGCACAGAGGAGUAUGAAUCAAGACACCUGCCUAUUUACCAGCACAGAGACGAACUCAUUCAGGCUGUAAGAGAAAACACGUUCCUGAUCGUGACGGGUGAAACUGGCAGCGGAAAAACCACUCAAUUGCCUCAGUACUUGUAUAAAGCAGAUCUUUGUAGGCAUGGCGGAAUUGGUAUAACACAGCCCAGGAGGGUUGCAGCUAUCACUGUUGCCCAGCGGGUGUCUCAGGAGAUGGGUGUCAGGCUGGGUGAGGAGGUGGGCUACCAAGUGCGCUUUGAUGACUGCUCUACAAAGGACACUGUGAUUAAAUACAUGACAGAUGGCUGUAUGCUGAGGGAGAUUCUCGCAGACCCCAGUUUGACACAGUUCAGCAUAGUGAUCCUGGAUGAAGCCCAUGAGAGGAGCUUGAAUACAGAUGUUUUGCUUGGAUUACUUAAAAAGACUCCGUCAAAAGGGUCCCAUGGCCGUAAAACACCCCUGAAAGUGAUUGUGAUGUCAGCGACAUUAGAAACUGAAAAGCUAAGCUCUUUUUAUGGGCACUGUCCUGUAUUCACCAUUCCUGGGCGUACAUAUCCAGUGAAGGAGAAAUUCUGCAAUCUGAUUGGUCCAAAAGAUAAAGAUAGUUCUGUCUACAUGAAAGAGGUGGUGAAGAUGGCUUUAGAUGUGCACACAAAUGAAGCAGCAGGGGAUAUUCUGGUCUUCUUGACUGGACAGUCUGAAAUCGAGAAAGCUUGUGAUUUGCUCUUUAACAAGGCUGAAGUCUUAGACUACCGGUAUGAUGUCCAUGAUCGAGCUGUUGAAGGUCUUCUUAUCCUACCUUUGUAUGGAUCCAUGCCAACAGAUCAGCAAAGGCAAAUAUUUCAGCCUGCACCUAAAGGUAUAAGAAAGUGUGUGGUAGCAACCAACAUUGCUGCAACUUCACUCACAAUCAAUGGAAUCAGAUAUAUUGUUGACAGUGGAUUUGUGAAACAGCUAAACCACAACUCAAGGGUUGGAUUAGAUAUUCUGGAGGUGGUACCAAUUUCAAAGAGUGAGGCUAAACAGAGAGCUGGUAGGGCUGGGCGAACUUCAGCAGGGAAAUGCUUCAGGAUUUACAAUAAAGAGUUCUGGGAAACAUGCAUGCCAGAGUACACCAUACCAGAGAUUCAACGGACCAGCCUUACGUCUGUCAUUCUCACACUGAAAUGUCUCGGAGUCCAUGAUGUAAUUAGAUUUCCAUAUCUUGACUGCCCAGAGGAAAGGUUUAUCCUAACAGCUUUAAAACAGCUGUAUCAGUAUGAUGCCAUUGAUAGGAGAGGUGAAGUGACCAAACUGGGCCGAUUAAUGGUCGAGUUCCCUCUUCCUCCUAAUCUUACCCGUGCACUGAUCAAAGCUGCCACUCUCGGAUUUGAAGAUAUCAUGCUGCCUGUGGCUGCCAUGCUCUCAGUAGAGAAUAUCUUCAUUCGACCAGGCAAAUCAGAAGCACAAAAGGAAGCUGAGAUCAGACACCAAGAGAUAGCAGCGUGUGCUGGCGGUUCCAACGAUUUCCUCUUGCUACUCUGUGUCUUUGAAAAGUGCAAAGCGAGUGACAAUCCAUCCUCAUGGUGCAAAGAUCACUGGAUCCAUUGGAGAGCAGUAAAGUCAGCUUUCAGCGUUGAGACUCAGCUGAGGGAGAUCCUUUACCGUCUUAAGCAGCAGAAAGACUUUCCACACGAGACGUUUGCGGGCAGUAGGAGUGAGCUGCUGCGGCAAUGCCUUUGCCUGGGUUAUUUUACCAAUGUAGCCAGGAGAUCUGUUGGGAAAUCAUUCUGCACCAUGGAUGGGCAUGGAUCUACCAUUCUCAUUCACCCUUCAUCCUGUCUCUUUGGUCAAGAAUUGCAGCUGGACUGGAUCAUCUUCCAUGAUGUGUUGGUCACCUCCCGAGUGUACGUAAGAACAGUAUGCCCCAUCCGUUACGAGUGGGUGAAGGACCUGUUGCCAAAGCUGCAUGAAAUAGACGUCUAUGAGCUGAGUAGCGUCGCAAGAGAGGAAGUAACUGACGAUGAAAUGGCCCAGUGGGACAAGAAAGAGGCAGCAAAAAGACAAGCAGAGGCGGCAGAGGACACAGCAAAGAAAAUGGAAAAGAGAAACAAUGAAAGUUCAAUCACGGAGGCUCGAGCCCGAUACCUGGAGCGAAAACAGAAUCGGCUACAAAGAAAGGACACGUAAAAGGGGGAGAGAGGCACGAUCAGAUAUAUACCACAGAUCCUGCAGCUGCUGAAUUCUAAUACUGGAAAAGACUUUAUAAUCUGAGAUUGCAGAACGUAAUCCCUUUUUUACUGGCAAAGCUCUCUGGUUAUCUUUUCAGUCGUCCCUGUGGAUUUGGAAUGUAGACCUUAUUCACAGCAGCACCUUCUUUUAUUUUUGACGGCAAUGAGACUGCGAGGGGAAGACGUACACUCUCUUCAGUGGGAUGUACUGUAGUUUAAAGUGUUUUUGUAUUGUUCUGCAGACAAAACAUUGAUAAAAUAUCUGUCCAAGAACAUUCAGUUGACAAAAACUCCAUACAGCAUAAGAAUCAGAUGUGAUCAAGGAGCUUUGUACAGCUUUAUACAGGGGAUGUCAGUGAAGAGACUCUAAGUCUAUCCCUCAGGCUCGUUUUCAUUCCUGUUAAAAAUCAAAGAUGGCGCUGCUGUGAAUAAGGUCUGUAAAUGGAGUCACAAUUAGCAAUAAACAUUUUUAAGUCUUAUUUUA